UCUGACACGGUCUCGGAAACUUCAACCUUAGAGUAUGAGCAGGAGGCUUUUGAAACGUUUAAAUACAAGGUGAUGGCUCUCUUGCUUGAAAUUUACCCGAGCCGCAAGGCCGAGGAUAUUGUCAUCGAAAGGAUGAAGGGCGGCGGGUUCAACCGCGUGAUCGGCAUCACCUUGUACCCUCUACAGCAAAAGAAGUCGUUCUUCUCCUCAAAGCGCCUCCAUACCUUUCUUCCAAAGCGUUUUGUCGCUCGUCAGACCCAUGAGCGGAAGAACGGGGAGCAGUUUGUCCUUCGAACUCCACGAUUCCAUCCAAUCGGGAUGGACUAUCACGUCGCAACUCUAGAAUACGCACGGCGAUGCGUUCCAUAUCCCGUGCCUUCUGUCAUUGCAUAUGAUAUGACCGAGGGUAAUGCUCUGGGGAAAGGAUACAUGAUUCAACGACGCCUUCCUGGCCAGUCUCUUGAGGACUUGUGGCCAUCACUAAACUUUCUGCAAAAGAAGAGCGCUGUGCGGGAACUCAUUAAUAUUCUGUUCAGUCUCCAAGGGGUAACAAAUAGGGCCGCUGGGAUCGCGAGUCGCUCGAAUCUUCCACUGGACCUUGACAAUGGCAUCGUCAAGCUCGACACCUUCGCGAUUCCGCAAUUGGGCGCUACCAACCCGAAGUUUCAGAAACCGAACACUGCGCCUUCAUCCCAGCAGACCACAAAGGAGUUUUUAGUCAGCAUGUGUAAUAGGUGGAAGGAAUACGAGCAUGCAAUCUAUAAGAACUUCUUCCAAGACGAGAUCUGGGAUGGUUUUAUCCGGAUGACGGAGCAACUGGACGAGCUCGGCUUCUUACCGGACGACGAACCCUUCUACCUAAGCCACCUUGACUUCCAGUUGCGGAAUCUUCUCGCUGAGAUUACCAAUGAGUCCCAUAUCACGAUCUCUGGUAUCCUUGAUUGGGAUUCUGCCGCUUUCGUUCCAAAGUUUGUCAGCUAUCGCGCGCCGUUCUUCCUCUGGAACGACGAGGAUUUCUCUGAGCACGAUGAGAGCGCGGCGCUUACCAUUCCUUCUGAUGUCGAAAAGCACGCUUUCAAGGAUGUGUUUGAAAGCAUGGUUGGUCCUGAGUUCCUGAAAUAUGCCUAUGGUCAAGAAUAUAUCCUCGCACGUCGGAUGUUUCAUGUACUUCAGAGCGGAGUCAGCUCAAAUUGGGAGAUUGAUUCGGCGAAGGAGAUUAUUGCACAGUUUGAGAAGCUCCAUCCA